AUGUACAUAUGUAAUUUUUUACUGUUUUCUCUACAUCGACGUUUCAGAACGCGCGAUUGAGAAGCCGGAGGGAAGGCGGCCGCCAUGGAUCCAGCAGGAGCAUCGGUGGCAAACGACAUCGGAGGAGAAGGCGAGAAGUUUGCGGUGGGGAAUAUUUAUUCGGUUAAAGUGAUCACCGGAGAUGAGUUCCGAGGGAUCGUCAUGGCUUACGAUCCAAUCCCCAACUUCGUCGUUUUUGAAGAGGGUUCGAAACCUAGAGCUGGGCACUCAAAGAACACUCGGAUGGUGAAUGCGAGUUUCAUAACGGGGCUGUCGUAUUUGGGCAAAACCGAAGAUCCGCUUCUUACAGACAACUGUUGUGUUAAUCUUGACUCGCUCCGAGCUAAAGAGGCACUUGCUAUCAGGCAAGCGGAAGCAGAAGCUGAGAGAUUGGGUGUUGGUGUUACCGCUGAGGCGCAGAGCAUCUUCGAUUCGUUGUCUAAGACGCUUCCUGUGCAGUGGGAAAACUCUGACAUUUUGGUAAUGAAAGAAGUACGUGUUCGUAGCCCCUAUCUUUCCGAUUGUGUCUUUGGAGGAACUGAUGCUGCCAACAACCGAGUCAAGAAAGUGCUUGAACUAGUGAGACGAAGGUUGCAACUUGUUGGCACAUGAGGCCAGCGAAAGGAGACGGUCAGUGAAGUCGCCAAAAAGGGUAUGUUGCUCUGCUACUAACCCGAGAAGGCGUCUAGAACUGAUCGGCCAGGGAGAAGUGGGUAUUGUUGGCUUUUCUCGCAUGUUGUUGUCUUUACCAGAUUAGAAAUUUCUUGAGUUCCAUGGAUGUGAAACUCAGGCAGACUAAUUUCGCCAUGUUUUCAAAAUUUUAUCAGUAUUAUACUAUUAUCAAAU